GCCCGUUAGUCUACAUCAUCAACAUUAGUGGUUGUCAUGGUGAUAAUGUUUAUUUCUUUCUCCGACUACAAAGAUGUCGUUCAAGGAUCUUCGAUGUUUUACUGAAAUGAUGAGAGCCCUUGGGUAUCCUAGACUUAUUUCUUUGGAAAACUUUCGCUAUCCGAACUUUACUUUAGUAGCUGAGAUUCUGCAGUGGCUUGUUAAAAGAUAUGACCCUAACGCAGAGUUGCCGGAUGACGUAGACACGGAACAGGACAGAGUUAUAUUCAUCAAAUCAAUCGUUCAAUUUAUGGCUGUGAAAGCUUACAUUAAGCUUAAUGCUAAAAAACUUUAUAUGUCAGAUGGUUAUGCUGUGAAGGAAUUAUUAAAGAUUACUUCUCUUUUGUACGAAGCGAUGAAAACUAAAACGGAAAAUGAUCUCGAGUCUAUUGACGAAGAUUCUCACAUGCAUCAUAGUUUCGAUAUUUCGUCUAAGUCAAAUGACUUGAAAGUUACCCGCCAUCUAGCGUCCGAAAUAACUGUUAAAGGUGCCACACUAUACGAUUUAUUGUUGAAAGAAAUGGAUUUGCGCGACAAACGAUCUGUCGUUUUGUCCAAACAGUUGGACAUAACAGAAAUUGAACAGGGAAUAAAAAACGCCACCAAGAGCCUGGAGGAAGAAAUAGAAAAGACAAAUACUAUGAUCGAGAACAUAGCAGCUGAUGAAGCUAAUUUGGAGGCUAAAAUUGAAAAGAGGAAAAUGGAUUUAGAACGAAAUCAGAAACGACUUCAAACUCUGAAGUCAGUCAGACCUGCCUUCAUGGAUGAGUAUGAGCGCUUAGAAUUGGAAUUGGAGGAUCUUUACAAGACGUAUGUCAUGAAGUUUACCUGGCUCGCUUAUCUGGAACAACAGCUCGAAGAACUCGAAAGACUAGAACAAGAGCUCGUAUUGCAACGGGAAGAAGUUACAAAACGCAUGGUAGAGAAACUUCGCCAAGAUGAUUUGUUGAGAAGCGAGGAAAGUGGGAAUCUGGACAAUUUCUUGGUGGUGAAUGAUCCAUCUGGAAAUACACCGCGAGAGAAACCGAAGCGUCCUCAACCGGCACCGUCGGGUGUGAGGCGGGAUCCCCAUCGUCGUGUCUACGGGUCGAUGAGUGGUGGGGACAAAGAUGAUGAUUUAGAUACUGACUCUGAUUUAGACUUAGAUGGUGAAGAUGAUGAUGCGUCAGAUGUAAGUGAUGAUCAAGAUUUAGAAAAUCUGUCUGAUUUAAAAGUUGGAAUUGUAGUGCCUCAUGGUGAUAGUGACAAUGACUUUUGAGUUUGAAAAAUAAUUUGGAAAUAUUUACUGCGAAUUUUCUGAUGUAAAAGACUGAACUGUUGGACUUUUUAACAAUUAUCUAAGUUCACUAUCAUUAGAAGCUAUUUUAAAAAACUGCAAUUUUACUAGUAUAUAAUGCUGUUUCAAGCAUACACUAUUUAAAGCAAUAAAUUCAUUUUGAUUUUUCACCUCUGAACUUAUAAAAACGAGUUCUAUGCAUAAUUAAUAAUUACUUUCUGAACAUGUUUGUUAGACUAUGUUUUUAGCUAAACUGAAAAGUUUGAACUUUGUACUGUAAAAGAAAUUGUCAUAUAAAAAUAUUUAUUUUUUAUAAUCAAAACAGACAUUUUCUUAAAUUUCUGAUCGGUUAAAUUUGUUGACGUGUCCUCUUGUGCAUCUGUGCGGCCUUGUUUUCCUGCACUUCUACCAAACCCAAAUAGAGGAAGAUGGUGCAGAUUUUGGCAAAUUUCAGCAGUUGCAGACCUGCUCGUAUUGCUAUUGAUUGCUUUAUGAAAUAAAUUAUUGUUUUUUA